GUACACAUUAGCAGCGUAUUUUAGCCAAAGAUAAACAAUUUUUUGAAGUUUCAGAGCUUACGCUUUUAUUUUACUUAGCAGGAAAAAAAAAAAAAAAUCAAAAUCAAAAUCAAAAUCAACUAGCCUUACUAAUAAUCCAAUCAUAAUUUCUCUCUGAAAAUCAUAAAAAUCUCUCUUCGAAACCAUUGAAGUUCGUGCAUUUUCGAUUCCUCUGCAAUUCAAUAAGGUGUAGCAGAACAAGAUGGAGAACAUUCAGUAUGCUGAGGAACUUGUGAGGGAGUUUCUUGUCUUCAGAGGAUUUACUAAUACUCUGCAAACUUUUGAGAGUGAAUUAGGCACAGAUAUUGGUAAAGGGUUUCAAGUGGAUAAGAUUUUAGACUUAAUCUUCUCAGUAUACGUACCCAAAUUUCAGGCAGAGAAAUUAGUUGGUCUCUUGAGCUUUUUCAGGAAGUGCUUUUCUUCAGCAUCUGAAACUGUACUUAUUGCUACUUUGUCUAAAUUGGAGGUCUCAAUUCUGCGAUACUAUAUUGCUCAUGCCAUACAAUCAGGGAGGAGGGACAAAGUUGUAGAUUUGUUUGAGAUGAAUGGCAAUGAAUUUUUGCAGAGGGGCAAGGACUGGACUGCAUGGUUUGCCAUUCCAUAUAUAAAGAACCCAAACCUGGAUCCUGAAUUUCGUAUUUAUUUCUCAAAGGAAUGGUAUGAGGCCUUACGUCUUUCUGUGAGGAACUUCUUUAGUGAGAUCUUCAAUGGAACACGCCUCCCUGCCCUAUUAAAGAUCAGUGCAGCGAAGAAUACUGCCAACCGUCUCAGAAAGGAUAUAAAGCAACUCAAUAUUAAGUUGUCACAACUUCAAGCUUUACUGGAGGAAAAAGAAGCUCAAUUAGGUCGGUUAAAGUGUAAUGCUUCAUCACUACCGGAUGCAAGCACAGGACAAACCAAAAGUUCAUCAAGUUUUAUGCAUGAAGAUCCUAUUAUAUUCGGGGAGAUACAUGAAGCCUGUGCUCCUGCUACUCCACAAUUAGCUGAAACAGUGCUGGAUCAAGAUUUUGUUACUGGGCCUUCUCAAGUUCAAUCUGAGCUUACCACAUCCAAGUUAUUUCAUGAUUCAACCACUUCAUCAAAUCUUGAUAUGGGAGAUGGUAGAACUGGUGAUUCCAGUCAAAUGUGGCAAGAUGGCCCCUGUAUUGAAAAUGGCAGGGAAGUUCACAUAGAAGAAGAAUUUCCAGAAGUUAAAGUAGACUUUCAGGAGACAUUUUUGGGUCACACAAGUCCAAUCAGUUGGUGCCGCUUUUCUGCGUCAGGGAACAAUAUGGCCAGUGCUUCUAUAGAUGGUACAGUAAGGAUAUGGACGUAUGACUCUUCGACUCCGGCAUCAAGAAAUGCGACCAUUUAUUGUGGGGCAGAGAUCAUGUCACUUGACUGGGAGUGUAAAUCUGAUCGCUUGCUUCUCAUAGGCACUGCUGAUGGAGGCAUUAAAGCAUGGAAUGUUGAUGCAAAGAGAGUUGUCUGCGAUCUCAGCACAACUGAAGCAUUUCCAAGUGUCUUGGAUCUAAAGUGCAGCCCUGUAGAACCAAUUUUUGUUUCUGCGGCAGCCUCCAAAGGGAAUGGCUCAAGUUAUAACGACAAUUUAGGGUUUGCUUCCUUAACUGUCUGGAACAUGAAAACCUGGAAGGCUGUGACAGUCCUUCCUCUUGGUAAAGAUCCACCUGCAAUAACUUCUUUAUGCUUCAAUCACAAUGGGAAGAUUUUAGCAUCUUCUGCUACUGAUGGAAUGAUUCACAUGUUUGACAUGGCUGUUGGUCUACAAAUUACUGGAUGGCCUGCACAUGAUUCUGUGAUAAGCUCUCUUCUCUUUGGGCCUGAUGAGACAAGCAUUUUUAGCUUGGGUUCAGAUGGAAAGAUUUUUGAAUGGAGCUUGCAAAACCAAGGUUCUGUGACACUGAGAGCUCAAAACUUUGCAGACAUGAAAAUGGCUUUAGAUGCUAACGGGGGGAGGCUACUGGUGACAUCUGGUUCAGUAAGAGCACCUAUAUAUCAGGUACGUGGUCAAAGAAAUGGGUUGAGAACUCUUCCACACGCUGCUGCUAUAACAACGGUUGAUUGGCACCCAACUUUGCCCAUCUUCUUGACUGGAUCAGCUGAUAAUUCAGUUCGAGUAACGUCUAUUCUAUAAAAGGCUUCUCACUUCUCUAUCUCUCUUUUAUUCUUGGUCAGUUGGAAUGAAGUUUACUCGGUUGGUUUAAUAUGAGUUUCACGUUGGUGUGCGUCUGAGCUUUGGGUCGUAUGGAUGUUGUUAUAUAAUUAGUUGCACAGGGUGUUUAUAGUUUACUAACCAUUCAUUGAUGUAGUUAUUUAAUAAUCUAUUUUGUUUAUAUCUACUAAAGUAUCUGUGUGUGUGAGAGAGAGAGAGGGUGUUCUUUCCUACUUUUUUGCGUAGCAGAAUUUCAAUAUGCUGUUGCCUUAGGUUUUGUAGAUGUUAUGGACGCCCUUAAUAUGAGAAAAUUAUUAGGUAUUUCAGGAGUACCAUAAAUGUGUAGUCUCCCUUCUUACAUGAAUGGUAGAUCCCACCAAGAAUUUAAUUAGUGGGAUCCACCAUUCAUGUGAGAGGAGGAAAUACGCAUUUAUGGUACUCCGGAAAUAUACAAUAAUUUCCCAUUAAUAUGUACACUUGGUUCUCUUCAUUCAUUGCUUAAAAACUUUUAGUUAA